AAUCACUUUGGAGGCCAAGUUAAAAGCCAGGCACAGGCAUUUGCAACUUCCAUUAAAAUCAGAGGAAAUUGUAUCUGCUUAUACAUGGGUGGAAUUAAGCCUACUGUUUCUUGUUUGUAAGCGAAUGGACUUGGUUUGCCAGCGAAUGUUAAAUCAGGGAUUUCUGAAAGUGGAAAGAUACCACAACUUGUGUCAAAAGCAAGUUAAAGCUCAGCUUCCAAGACGGGAGUCAGAAAGAAGAAACCAUUCAUUAGCUCGUCAUGCAGACAUCCUUGCUGCUGUAGAAACGAGACUCUCUCUAUUAAAUAUGACUUUCAUGAAGUAUGUGGAUUCCAAUCUCUGUUGCUUCAUACCUGGAAAGGUAAUAGAUGAAAUUUAUCGUGUGCUAAGGUAUGUAAACUCUACAAGAGCUCCUCAGAGAGCUCAUGAAGUUCUUCAAGAACUAAGGGACAUUUCCUCCAUGGCUAUGGAAUAUUUUGAUGAGAAGAUUGUUCCAAUACUGAAAAGAAAGAUGCCUGGGUCAGAUGUAUCGGGACGUCUGAUAGGAACUGCCCCAGUUCCAGGGCCUUCUGCAGCACUGACAACAAUGCAGCUGUUCUCCAAGCAGAACCCUUCAAGACAGGAAGUCACCAAACUCCAGCAGCAAGUGAAAGCAAAUGGCACAGGCUUGACAGCGCUAAAGCGGGAAAUCUCUGAGCUUCGCAUCAAAGUGCAAGAGCAACAGAAACAACUCCAAGAUCAAGAUCAGAAACUGCUAGAGCAAACCCAAAUCAUAGGUGAACAGAAUGCCCGAUUGGCUGAGCUUGAACGCAAGCUGCGAGAGGUGAUGGAGAGUACAGUAGGAAAUUCUUCAGGUUCUGGCUCAAAUGAACAAUCUCCUAGAAAACGGAGGAAGGCGGUUGAAUCCACAGACUGUCCUAGGAAAUCUAAACGCCUUCGGAACAGAAAAUAACUUGGGAGUAAACGACACCUUCAGGAGGAUACACUGCUUUAGUAGCCCAAGCAGGUCUGCUUGUUCGGAUACUGUGACUAGCUUCAUGGUGUCACUUAGGCUGCUGGCUCUUCAAAACACCACUUAGACUUGAACAGUAAUUUUCUUUCAUUGAGACUUUUCCUCUGCUUUCUGUAUGAGUGGGCCUAAUGCACAGAAUCUUUAAGAUUUGCAAUAGAUACAUACUAACCAGACCUGCUCUGUUAUGUUUUGAAGGGUUAAUCUCUUUUUUUUCUGUGCAGAUGUGUUUAAAGUAAACUUAUUUGUGUUUAUGCAUAUGUUCACAUAAAAUCUUAAAUAAAUUCAGUCUUAACUGACUAAAAAGUUAAGCGUAAUAACAGAUGUCCUGUUCACUUGAAGGAAAGAUCACUUAUAAAAUCUUGUUUUAGAGAACUUGACCUUUUUUGUUACAAGUGACCUUGUCUGGAAUGUCUGAAAAGUAGUUAAUACUUUUUGGAGAUCUCUGUAACGAGUAAAACUGACUUCUUAAGCUACAGUAUUGGCUAUAUAUUUUUGUAAACUUACA